UUUAAAUGUUUGCUGAGAAAAACAUUGUAUUGAUUAACAGUAACAAAUAAUAUGGUUGCGCCGAUAGUGUCAACCAAACAAGGCCACGUGAAAGGCUUCAUUGGCACUGACAUUGAUGGGGGGCGAAUUAUUUCGUUUCUUGGGAUACCGUUUGCGAAGCCGCCAAUUGGAGAACUAAGGUUUAAGAAUCCUCUACCAGCUGAACCAUGGCACGGGAUAAAGGAUGCAACGAAGGAAGGAAACAAUUGUUAUGCAAAUGAUGUAUUAUUCAGAAGCAUUGGCGGUUCUGAGGACUGUUUGAAUCUAAAUGUUUUUACGAAAAGCCUUUCAGAUUCAAAGACCGUGCUGAAACCCGUGAUGGUUUUUAUCCACGGGGGAGGGUUUCUAACGGGAUCGAACAAACCCGAUUUAUACGGACCGGACUUCUUAAUGACGCAGGACGUCGUUCUAGUAGUACCAAACUAUCGCCUGGGUGCCUUGGGGUUCCUAAGUUCCGACGACGAUGCUCUAAGGGUCCCUGGAAAUGCUGGGCUAAAAGACCAAAUCUUGGCUCUCCAGUGGGUGCAGGAAAACAUCAGAAACUUCAACGGCGACCCCAAUAACGUGACGAUUUUCGGAGAAAGCGCUGGGAGUGUUUCGGUGCAUUACCUUGUGCUGUCUCCUAGGGCGAAGGGUUUAUUUCACAAGGCGAUAUUGCAAAGUGGAACCACAUUGAACUAUUUCGCCGAGGGAAAGCACGUGAUGGUGGCCCUAGCAAAGGAGUUAGGUCAGGAUGUGAGCAGUGACAAAGAGGCUUUGGAUGUACUGAAAAAAGCGCCUGUAGAAUUACUGUACGAGGCUCAAGGAAAGGUUGAAGCGGCAAGAAAACCGACAGGCCAACUAUGUUUUGCUCCCGUUAUCGAAAAACCUAGUAAAACAGCUUUUAUCACUGAAAAACCAAUUGAUAUAAUCACGUCUGGAAAGUACAAUCAAGUUCCUUUAAUGAUCGGUUACAACUCAAGAGAAGGGCUGUUACUAGCGGCGGCUGACGCUUUGGCAGCCUCAGCGGGUUUACCAGUUAAAAACGAUCCCCCAAAUUUGGAAGACGCCGUUCCUUGGUAUAUAGGAUUGGAGAGCGGAAGCGAUAUUAGCAAAGAAGUGUGUGAAAAGUUAAAGAAAACUUAUUUUCAGGGUCCUAAUCUUGAUGACAAUAAGUACUUGAUGUCUACCGACUCACUGUUCGUGGCAGGAAUCAUAGCAUCAGCGAAAAAUCACGCGGAAACAUCGCGGUGUCCAGUUUACUUAUAUAGGAUGUCCCUAGAUGCUGGACUAAAUCUAAUGAAGCUUUACACAAAACUAACUAAUCCAGGUGCUUGUCACGCUGACGACCUAGGGUACCUCUUCAAAAACGUGAUUACUCCUCCAUUCCAACCAGGUAGUAUCGAGGACAUAUCAGUAAGGAGGUUUGUGAAGCUGUGGACGAACUUUGCCAAGUACGGAAAUCCUACGCCUGACGAAAAGGAACUUGGAAUAACAUGGAAGCCAGCCGAAAAAGGACAACUUAAUUUUAUCGACAUUGGAAGUGAACUGACCAAUCAAGUUAAUCCUGAACCAGAGAGGAUGCAGUUGUGGAAGGAAAUCUACCAGCUUAACCCAAAUACCGUCGAUUAUCUAUAGAAUAAAACAAUGUUUAAUCUGCCUAUCAAAAGUGACAUUUUAUAAACCUUUUUGCUAAACGUC